UUUGGCUGCGUGCUGUGAGAGUGAGGGAACAGAAAAUGCAAAAGGGCUUUAAUAUUCCUAUUUAAACACCCACAAUUUCAUGAAGAUGGUGUGAAAUGUAAUGCAUAGCAGAAGAAAUUUUAUGAAGUACAUGUAGUUAUAAAAUAAGAAAAUUAUGUCGUUGUCCAAAAGGAAAAGUUUGGAUGAUAACACUGAUGAACCUGACUUGAAGAAAGUAAAGGAAUUCUCAGAUGUUGAAGGAACAAAUGGACAUCAAAAUUGUGCAGUUGUAGAUGGUACUCAAGAAUAUGAUCUUGAAGACUCAGAUGGGUUUGAAUUUGACCCACAAUCUACCUUGAAACAAGAUUCACUUGAUAGUAAUGGAGUAAUUGAUGGUGAAGACAUUGCCAAGUUGCAAAGAGAAAUAACAGAGGAAUAUGAAGCAGAUAUUGAUAGUAAGAAUGGAGGGGGACAUGAAAAUCCAUCCACCACCAAAAUAUCUAUGGAAAAGAUUGUUUCAAUUCAAAAAGAUGCAGAACUUAUUAAAGGAAUCAUACCAGGCAGUGACAUUGAAACAAUUUAUGAUAAAAUUAUGAAAAAGAGGAAUGUGAAGAAUAGGGUAGAUGUUGUAACAAAUGAUCUUCUUGAAGACAGUGAAAACAUGAAUGCAUCAGCUGUUAGCAGUGUGUCAGAUAGUUCAAGUGAUGAAGGAAUAUUCAAAGAAGUAGCUGAAGUUCUUAUUGUGAGACCAAAUGCUGAUCCUAACAGAGUGUACGAUCUUUUGGAUCAGUUAACCGACACUGAGAAAAGAGUUGAAAAAGUUCUUGGCAAGUUAACUAGUGCUGAUGAUUUACCAUCAAGAAGUGGGUCGGAAACAUCUGCAAGUAAAUCAGAAUCAUCAAAUGUAGAAAAGUCAGACUCUUUUAAAGGAAAAGAUCCAUUCACGGAUCCAGAAUUUAGGAAGAAUCCAUUAUUUAAUGAUUUAAGAACGUUACGUAAAGUGUUACCUGAGAAAGAUCCAAAUGAAAUAUAUGCUUUCUUGGAAGCACACUAUGACAAGGCCAACAGAGUGCAAAUUGUUAUUGAUGAACUUACUAAAUCGGAGAGCCAAGAAUCCUUAUCUCUACCAACAGCAGAUUCUUCUGAGGAUUUUGAUAGAGGAAAAGCACCACUUACUGCUGUAGACAAAUUCCAUGCAGAUUUAAAUGAACUCAAAGAAAUAUUCAGGGACUGUGAUCCUAAUUAUCUUUACAAUAAACUAGAAAGUAGAUCAGGUGAAACAGAUAGAGUACAAAUUAUAGCUGCUGACCUGUUUGAACAUAGAAAUUAUCCAAAGUUGAAAGAUAUCAAGGAAAAAGAAGAGAAGGAAGAUCUCAAGGAUAAGAUUGUUAAUAUGAAGUUUGACAUGAAAACAUUUUUGAAGAAGUUCACAAAUCCUAUGGAGUAUUUUCAGGAUACAUCUCGCACAUUAAAUCAGAAUUAUAAGGACCAUGUAUUGGUCUAUAUGAAGAAUACAUAUCCUUUCUUGAAAGUUGGAUAUAUUAAGAAAGUGUUGGAGCAACAUAAUUACCAUUUAAGUCCAACAGUGAAGAUGGUAGACCAAGAGUUGCAGCUAAUUGCAGAUAGACCAUCCAAGAAAAAGCGGGUAACACCCAGAUUCGAACAUCUUGAUUACCCGGAAAAUCCUGAUGAACCAUUUUUCCAAGAAGUAAUGUUUUGCAAUCAUAGGCAAGAGAUUAAAGAUUAUAUAGGUGAGCAGACACGGGUGAGAAAUUUGAAGAUUGAGGGGGCUAGGAAGAAUGGAGAGUUGUUAGAAUGUGGUUGUUGUUUUGACGACGAGUGUUUAUUUGAGGAGAUGGCAGCAUGUGCCGAUGGCCAUAUUUUCUGUAAGGAAUGUAUACGACGGUCAAGUGAAGCAGCAGUGGGUGAAGGAAAGACAAAGUUUCUCUGUCUAACAG